ACCCGCGCGCCGAAGGCCAGGCCUGGGCGGAGCGCAGGGCGCGGGCGCUGGGGAGGCUGCGCCGCAGCACCCGGUUGGUCAGAACCAAGUGGGCCCGAGGCGGACGUGAGAAGGGUCGGGCCAAGAUGGCGGUGCAGGUGGUGCAGGCGGUGCAGGCGGUUCAUCUUGAGUCUGACGCUUUCCUCGUUUGUCUCAACCACGCUCUGAGCACAGAGAAGGAGGAGGUGAUGGGGCUGUGCAUAGGGGAGUUGAACGAUGAUACAAGGAGUGACUCCAAAUUUGCAUAUACUGGAACUGAAAUGCGCACAGUUGCUGAAAAGGUUGACGCUGUCAGAAUUGUUCACAUUCAUUCUGUCAUCAUCUUAAGACGUUCUGAUAAGAGGAAGGACCGAGUUGAAAUUUCUCCAGAGCAGCUGUCUGCAGCUUCAACAGAGGCAGAGAGGUUGGCUGAACUGACAGGUCGCCCUAUGAGAGUCGUGGGCUGGUAUCAUUCCCAUCCUCAUAUAACUGUUUGGCCAUCACAUGUUGAUGUUCGCACACAAGCCAUGUACCAGAUGAUGGAUCAAGGCUUUGUAGGACUUAUUUUCUCCUGUUUUAUAGAAGAUAAAAACACAAAGACUGGCCGGGUACUCUACACUUGCUUCCAAUCCAUACAGGCCCAAAAGAGUUCAGAGUCCCUUCAUGGUCCACGAGACUUCUGGAGCUCCAGCAAGCACAUCUCCAUUGAGGGCCAGAAGGAAGAGGAAAGGUAUGAGAGAAUCGAAAUCCCAAUCCAUAUUGUACCUCAUGUCACUAUCGGGAAAGUGUGCCUUGAAUCAGCAGUAGAGCUGCCCAAGAUCCUGUGCCAGGAGGAGCAGGAUGCGUAUAGGAGGAUCCACAGCCUCACACAUCUGGACUCAGUAACCAAGAUCCAUAAUGGCUCAGUGUUUACCAAGAAUCUGUGCAGUCAGAUGUCGGCAGUCAGUGGGCCUCUCCUACAGUGGUUGGAGGACAGACUGGAGCAAAACCAGCAGCAUUUGCGGGAAUUGCAACAAGAAAAAGAAGAGCUUAUGCAAGAACUUUCUUCUCUAGAAUAAAGCAGGAGACAAAGUCGGGAAAGAUGAAAAUAUCCAGUGUAAAGUUAAUUAAGCUAAAUCAAUUUUGAAGAAGAAAAAGUUGGAGGACUCACAUUACCUGACUUCAAGACUUACUAUAAAGCUAUAGUAAUCAAGAUAGAUGGUAUUGGCAGAGGAACAGGCAGAUAGAUCAAUGGAACAGUUGAGAGAGCCCAGAAAUAAACCCAUAUAAAUAUGCCCAACUGAUUUUGAAAAAGUGCAAAGCAAUUCAAUGGAGGAAGAAUAGCCUUUCCGACAAAUUAUGCUGGAGCAAUUAGACACCCACAGCAAGGAGAAGAAAGAACCUCUACUUAAACCUCACAUCUUAUAUAAAAUUUAACUCUAAAUGUGUAAUGGACUUAAAUGUAAUACAUAAAACUAUAUAACUUUGAAAAAAGCCACAGGAGAAAAAUCUUCAGGAUCUUGGGCCAGGUGACAAGUUCUUGGACUUUGCCCCAAAAGCACAAUCCAUAAAAGGAAAAAACUGAUAUAUUGGAUUUCUUCAAAACUUAAAAACUUUUGAUUUAAGAAGAGGAAAAGACAAGCUACAGCUUGAGAUGAAUUAUUUGCAAGCCACCUAUCUGAUCAAUUUGGAAUAUAUAAAGUUUGCUCAAAACUCAACAGUAGUCCAGGCAUGGUAGCUCAUGCUUGUAAUCUCAUCACUUUGGGAGGCCAAGAUGGGAGGAGUGAUUGAGGUUAGGGGUUCAUUACCAGCCUGGGCAACAUAGUGAGACUCUGUCUCUACAAAAAAUUUUUUUAAAAAUUAGCUGGGCACCAUGACACACACCAGUAGUCCCAGCUACUAGGGAGGCAGGAGGAUCACUUGAGCCCAGGAGUUUGAGGCUGCAGUGAGCUAUGAUCACACCACAACACUCCAACCUGGGUAAACAGAGUAAGGCCUUGUCUCAAAAAAAAAAAGAAAGCCACAAAAAUUCAACCAUAAAAACAGUCCAAGUAGAAAAUGGGCAAAAGACAUGACUAUAUGUUUCACCGAAGAGGAUCUACAAAUGGCAAGUAAGCAUAUGAAAAGCUGUUAAACUCCAUAGUCAUCAGGGAAUGCAAAUUGAAACCACAGUGAGGCUAUGACUUACUUAUCUGAAUGGCUAAAUUAAAAAUAAUGAAAAUACCAAAUACUGAUGAGGAUACAAACUGGAUAUUUCAUACAUUGCUGACAGGCACAGAAAAUGGUACAGCCACUCUGGAGAAGAGUUUAUAAAUUUCUUAUCACGUUAAACAUAAGACCCAGCAGUUGUGCUCCUGGACAUUCAUUACAGAGAAAUGAAAACCUAUAUUGUACUUGUACCCAAAUAUUCAUAGCAGCUUUAUUUGUAAUAGCCCCAAACUGGAAACAAUCCAGAUGUCCUACAACAGGUAAAUGGUUAAACAAACCAUCCAUAAUUUGCAAUACUACUCUGGAAUGAAAAGGAACUAACUGUUGACAUAAGACUUGGUUGUGCCUCAGAGGUAUUACGGUGAACCAAAAAAAGCCAGUCUCAAAUGGUCACAUACUGUAUGAUUGCAUUUAUAUAACAUUCUUGAAAUGACAAAAUUAUUGAAAUGAAGAACAGAUUAAUGGUUGCCAGGGACAGGGACUGGAGAGGGUGUGGGGUGUGACUCUAAAGGGAUGGCAUAAGGAGUUCCUCUGUGCUGAUGGAGCAGUUCUAUAUGAUUGUGAUGAUUAUGAUGUUGAUUAUAAUAGUUGAUUAUGAGGUUAAGCAGAUGAAUCAAUACCUGUGCUGAAGUUGUAUGGACCUACAUACACACAAAUGAAUGCAUGUAAAAUCUGGUGAUAGUGAAUAGUCUGUAGUCUAGACAGCAGUAUAAUAUAAUUGUCAGUAUCUUGGAUAUGAAGUUGUACUUAGACCAUACCACUGGAGGGAACUGGUAAAUGAUACAUGAGACUCUGUACUAUUUUUGCAACUUCCUCUAAGUAUAUAAUUAUUGCAAAAUAAAAUGUUGUGUAAGUUUUAAGUAAGGAACUGGGAUGUAUGGUACCUGUUUUAUGAAAUAAAUAAGAAAAGGGUGACUGAAAAUUUGAGAGGAAUAAAACGAUUGGAAUGUU